AUGGCUUCUGACGUGCGUCGACCACAAGCCCCGCCGUCUGCGGGCGGCUUCGAGGACUACCUUCCUGACGACCUGGCCGACUAUGGCAGCCUGUUUGGCGACGAGCAAGACGGGGCCGACAAGUCUGGCAAGUCCAAAAAGGCGGGCGGCGAUGUAACUGCCGGCCUGGGCAUCGACGAGGAGGUCGACGUAAAGAAGCGCGCCCGAGAACCGCGCGUGAAGCUGGACGAGACUCGGAUCCUUUCUGCCAAAGGCAUCCCGGCUCUGCGACAGCGUGCGAGGAACCUCAAACUGAAGGGCAAGGGCCACGAGUUCGCCGACGCCUCUCGACUGCUGUCCAUGUACCAGCUGUGGUUGGACGACCUGUUUCCCAAGGCACGCUUUGGGGAUGCCCUUGCCAUGGUCGAAAAGGAAGGCCACAAAGCGAGCAUGCACAAGAUGAGAAUGGAGUGGAUAAACGAGUCGAAGCCGCGCGACCAUGGUGACUCUGACGCGGAGGGGCAGCCUGGCGAGCACGAAGAUGCGCAGCCAGCACAGCAGAGCGGACCACGGCCCAGUGUCCCAAGUCAGGGAGAGAAGGAACCGUUACAGCCACAAACACAAACACAAACACAACCACAACCACAGGCAGCACCACAGCCACAACCGCAACCACGACCACGGCAGACCGGUACAAGCAGCGGCGACCCAAUGGAAGAAGAUUUGCUAGACGAGGACCUAUACGGAGCCUCUCCUGUGCGGCCUUCACGGAGGCAUGAAGCAGACGAGGUGCCUGAUGAGGACGAGCUGGACGCCCUCAUGGCCGAGGCGGCUGAGGCGCACGAGCAACCACCUGCUCAGCCACCUGUACCCACCCAAACGGCCAUGGACGACAUGGGCGACAUGGACGAGCUAGAUGCCCUCAUGGCGGAAGCAGAAGCAGCAUCAUGA